AAGCAGUUGAGCUCUUCGUCACCCCAAGAUUCAACUGCAUCAACCUCAUCAUCCUCAAAGACUAUGGAGGUUGCACUGGCUCACCCUGCUCUCAAAGCCUUCAUGUGUGGGUCGCUGAGUGGCACCUGUUCCACACUGCUCUUCCAGCCUUUGGACCUGGUCAAGACACGCCUGCAGACCCUGCAAAACAACAUGCACCCGGGCGCUCCUAAGGUGGGAAUGAUGACCGUUUUUGUGAGCGUCAUACGGACUGAGAAGUUGCUGGGUCUUUGGAAGGGAGUCUCUCCGUCAUUUAUGCGCUGCAUCCCCGGUGUUGGCAUCUACUUCAGCACCUUCUACUCGCUGAAGCAGCACUUCUUUCAGGAUCGGGCUCCAAACGCUGGGGAGGCUGUCCUGCUGGGAGCCGGGGCCAGGUGUGUGGCAGGGGUGGCCAUGCUGCCUGUCACUGUCAUAAAGACCCGUUUUGAGAGUGGGCGGUAUGACUACGUGAGUGUGGCGGGAGCCUUGAAGAGUGUGUGUGAGACAGAGGGACCUCGAGCCCUGUACUCUGGCCUCACAGCCACGUUACUCAGAGACGCCCCCUUCUCAGGCAUCUACGUCAUGUUCUACAGCCAGGCCAAGAAAACCAUACCGCAGGAGAUCAGCUCGUCAUCCUUUGCGCCUGUGGUAAAUUUCUGCUGCGGCGUGGUGGCAGGCGUCCUGGCCUCCCUGGCCACCCAGCCAGCGGACGUGGUCAAGACGCACAUGCAAGUGAGCCCGCACCUCUACCCCAAGACCGUCGACGCAGUCCGCUUCGUUUACGCAGAGCAUGGUCUGCGUGGGUUUUUUAGGGGUGCUGUGCCUCGCUCCUUGAGGAGGACCCUUAUGGCGGCUAUGGCCUGGACUGUGUAUGAACAGCUGAUGGCUCGCAUGGGGCUCAAGUCAUGAAGACAAGUCACGGAUCGUGCGGAGAAUGGGCGAUGUUUCUCACCAGACACGUGGAAGAGGCCAGUGCAUGGUCACAGAGUGGACUGGAUAUGAGGAAAAAUGUUUGCUUUGCUUUAGGACUGGAU